UGGUCCAAACGUCAACCCGCUCCGUUUUUGGGUCACAGGGAUACACCAUUGCCCCUGGUACAUCGUUUUUACGAUUUUUGGGACGAGUACGAAACCACGAAGGACUUCUCUUUCCUGGACGAAGAGGACAAGGACAAGGGUGAAGAGUAA